GCUGUCCGAGGUACUAGAUAAACAGCCUACUUUACAUAUGUCUUUCUUCUUUGUUUGUUGCUGCUGAAUAGUUCUAUCAGGUUAUCUUCUAUCUUUCUAUUUGCUUACUUCCUAUUCAGUUCAGCUGCCAAUACUUUAAAAGUUUUUGGACGAAUAAAGUCGCUUCUUUCUUUCCUUUUAUUCUUGAACUGAAUGCUUAUGCUGUCUUUCCCUUCAUUCUUUUUUUCUGGGGUUACUCAAUUUUCAUGUGAUGGGUGGGUGGCGGUAGGAGGUCAAGAAAAGAUUGCUUUGGCAAUAGUUUCUUGAAAUGCAAUUGUGAUCAGACACUUUAUCUGAAGCUAUUGGCACAUCUCUCCACUUCUGUUAUUUAAAAAUUAGUUCUUGACAACAAAAUCAAGAAAGAAUAGAUAGAAUCGUUUAAGGGGAUUGGUGGUUUAGUUUUAUUACUAUGGCUGCCUGAUACAACACACUAUGAUUUCUGGAGUACUUCGUUUGUGCAAUUGGAAGUAUCAGUUGAGGUACAUUGAGUGUGAGAAGUUGAUCUUGAUUCAGUGGAUGUCCAACUCUGGAGAUGGUUAUUCUCUUAUCUUGUACUGAACUCUCUAGCCUAUGGGUGACAUCAAAGAUACUGCAUUCAGGAAAUUUGAGCUGCAACUCUUCUGUGAAGGGAGGAGAUAUGUUGACUUCAUCUACUACUUUAUGUAAAGCUGGGCACGAUAUCUCUGUGUUGGUACCUUCUAAACGACAAGGAAAAGUUUUCCCAAGGAACUUAUGGAUUAAAUCUCGUAGAAGGAUGCCUUUGGGCAGCAUAUUUGGAUCCUGGAUAAUAGAGAGAUUUAUACCUAUACGUCUACUCAUUCCAGCUUGCGCUAGAGAUGGGAAUGGUACUGUGAAAUGCUUGAACAACAAUUCUUCCAUACUAAAGCAGGUCUUUAGUGAUUUGAUAGAUGAGGAUUAUUUUUUCUCAGAUGAGAUUGAUACAGCUUCGGAUUGUGGCAAAAGUAUUUCAGCUGAACAUAUGACCAUUGAGGAGCCAUGGCUAUUCGAGUCUUCCUUGCUUCUUCAUCAUUUGACAGAGUCAGAUGCUUCUGGUGAUGUCAUUUGUGAUGACAAGGUUGUUGAGGGUCUUGACAGUGAAAAUUUAGAAUCAGGACUGUUAAAUCAGUCCACGCUUCAUGAGAAUUUAUGGUCCAAGUAUGAGGUCAAUGCUAAUGCUUCAUCAGGAACCUUGUGUGCAACGUAUGACCAUGUGGAGGAGCCGUGGCUAUUGCAAGCAUGUACCUCUUCUCCUAGUUUUGAUGCUGAGAUGGCUACUGACAACUAUGAAGUUGAACAACCAGAUAAUAACGAUGAAGCUCAACCUUCAUAUAGCGAUCAACUUGAACAAUUAGCUGAACCUUCAUCUAGCAAUCAACAUGAACAAAUACCUGAGAAGUUGUUGCCUGUUGAUCAGUGUGAUGCACUUUCCAAAGAAGACUCCUUCACGACAAUUAUUCUGAUUAAUUCUUCUGUUUGUACUGUGCAAAGAAUUGCUGUUUUAGAAAAUGAGAAACUGGUUGAACUUUUGUUGGAACCAGUGAAAAAUAACGUGCAGUGCGAUAGUGUAUAUCUAGGAGUAGUUACAAGAUUAGCUCCACACAUGGGCGGUGCAUUUGUAAAUAUUGGCACUUCAAGACUCUCCUUCAUGGAUAUAAAGCCCAACAGAGAACCAUUUAUUUUCCCCCCAUUUAGUCAUGAUUCAAGGGAAGAGAUUAUUAAUGGUGCUGCUGUUGACAUGCUUGAGGAGAACCUAAGUCUUCCUAGAAAUAAAUCCGCUUUAGAAGAAGUAGACACAGAUGAGAUUGAAGAUGCUGAUAUAGAAGAUGAUUCCAUGGAGUACAUGGACAAUGAGUUUGCCGAGCAUGAAAGUGGUGGUGCUUGUGAUAUUUCAGAAAUCCUUGCCGAAAUUUGUAAUGGUAGUGUAACUGAGCAUGCUGUGACUAGUAAUAAAUUUUCACAAAGAGACGAAAGCAAGUGGAUCCACGUUCGGAAAGGAACCAAAAUAAUUGUGCAAGUUGUUAAAGAAGGAUUGGGUACGAAGGGCCCGACACUGACUGCUUAUCCGAAAUUAAGGAGCAGAUUCUGGGUUUUAGCUCCUCGCGGCAACACGAUCGGUAUUUCAAAGAAGAUCGCUGGUGUUGAGCGCACACGUUUAAGGGUCAUUGCAAAAACCUUACAGCCACAAGGAUAUGGUCUUACAGUAAGGACGGUUGCAGCUGGUCAUUCAUUAAAUGAGUUGCAGAAGGACUUGGAAGGGUUGCUUUCAACUUGGAAAAGUAUAACUGAGCAUGCAAAAUCUGCAGCUCUUGCUGCAGAUGAAGGUGUUGAUGGGGCAGUUCCCGUUAUGCUUCACCAGGCAAUGGGCCAAACGCUCUCUGUUGUUCAGGAUUAUUUUAGCGAUAAGGUGAAGAGUUUGGUGGUUGAUUCUCCAAGGACAUAUCAUGAGGUUACAAACUAUCUUCAAGAAAUGGCACCUGAUCUUUGUGAAAGAGUUGAGUUGUUUAGUAAAAGAACUCCCCUGUUUGAUGAAUACAAGAUUGAGGAAGAAAUAGACCGCAUUCUCAGCAAAAGGGUUCCCCUUGAUAACGGAGGUUAUCUAGUCAUCGAACAGACAGAGGCUUUAGUCUCCAUCGAUGUAAAUGGUGGACACUGUGUGCUUGGUCAAGAGACUUCACAAGAGAUAGCUAUUCUCAAUGUUAACCUUGCAGCUGCCAGACAAAUUGCUAGGGAAAUAAGGCUGAGGGAUAUUGGUGGCAUUAUUGUGGUGGAUUUCAUAGAUAUGUUGGAUGAUUCAAAUAAGAGGUUGGUCUAUGAGGAGGUCAAGAAGGCUGUUGAGAGAGAUCGAUCAACAGUUAAGGUGUCUGAAUUGUCCAGACAUGGGCUUAUGGAGAUUACCAGGAAAAGAGUUCGACCUAGUGUGACAUUCAUGAUCAGUGAACCGUGUACGUGUUGUCAUGGGACGGGGAGAGUGGAAGCUUUGGAGACUGCAUACUCCAAGAUUGAACGAGAUAUUUGCCGGCUACUAUCCACACUUGAUCUGAAGGCAGACCCUGAAAACCCCAAGUCGUGGCCCAGAUUUAUUCUCAGGGUUGAUCAGUACAUGUCUAACUAUUUAACUUCAGGAAAGAGGACAAAACUAGCAAUCUUGAGUAGUUCCCUUAAAGUCUGGCUUCUUCUUAAGGUUUCCAGAGGUUUUACAAAAGGGACCUUUGAACUAAAACCUUUGACAGUUGACAGGGAGUACAAUGAUGGAUAUGAAGCUGCUACUUCAGUGUUGCGACCCACAGAGGGUGGAUUUCACCCCCCUCGGAAAAAAGUCACCAUCUUCCCCAUCAAAAAAUGGAAGAGUAGUGGAAAAUGAUCUUGCUUCAUCUGUACAGGUCUCAAUUCACAAUGCACAUCCAGAGACGGUAGCUUAAUUUCAUUAAACCAAUUCUUUCCUCAGGUCAGCAGUUUCCCUCUUGAGUUUUUCUACCCGGCUUGAAGUAGGUUGGUGUAAGAAAUAGCUAGUUUUAUGAGAAAGCCAAUUUUGCAUAGAAUGUACACAUUGGUAAUUCAUCUAUUCAAUUUCUCAUUUGCCUCGCUC